CCUCCGCACUCUCUUUUCCCUUCCUGGUCUCCUCCGUCUUCGUCUUGUUCUCUCCUCCCCUCUUUGUCCGCCGCUCCCUCCCUCCCUCUCUCUCCGUCUCCCGGCGAAUUGGCCGAGAGGACCAGGAAUUUCACUUGGAGAAAGGAAAUUUUUGUAUCUGUUUCUCCGGAUCCGCACCCCGCUGUUAAUUCGUUCGCCCGUUUGGCUUGAUUCAGAUUCAUUCCUAUUCGUUCUUCUUGUUCCUUUCGUUCGAUUGGAGUUAGGCGCCGCCCCGGAUUUCUUGCUGCUCUGUCUGGAUCUGGUGUCGCUGAGUCCCCGUUGCCCCGAAUCCCGAUUCGAUUCGGCUCGGCCCGGUGCCGGCCCGCCUCUGCGUGUUCGGAUCUCGUCGGAUAAGGUGGGAGGAGGCUUCUCGAUUCGUCUGGGGACGAGAUGGAUCAUGUGGUCGGGGGCAAGUUCAAGCUCGGCAAGAAGAUCGGUAGUGGAUCGUUCGGGGAGCUCUUCCUUGCUGUUAAUGUGCAGACUGGAGAGGAGGUCGCCGUCAAACUGGAAAAUGUGAAGACAAAGCACCCACAGCUUCAUUACGAGUCAAAGCUUUACAUGCUUCUCCAAGGAGGAACUGGCAUUCCGCACCUGAAGUGGUUCGGUGUUGAGGGGGAGUAUAAUGUGAUGGUGAUUGAUCUUCUGGGGCCUAGUCUUGAGGACUUGUUCAACUAUUGCAGUAGAAAGUUCUCGCUGAAGACUGUUCUCAUGCUUGCUGAUCAGAUGAUUAAUCGAGUUGAGUACAUGCAUCAAAAGGGAUUUCUUCACCGUGAUAUAAAGCCUGAUAAUUUCCUUAUGGGACUUGGUAGGAAAGCCAAUCAGGUAUAUAUAAUAGACUAUGGACUCGCAAAGAAAUAUAGAGAUCUUCAAACUCACAAGCACAUCCCCUACAGAGAGAACAAGAAUCUCACUGGAACUGCACGUUAUGCAAGUGUCAAUACCCACCUUGGUGUUGAGCAAAGCAGGAGAGACGAUUUAGAAUCUCUCGGUUAUGUCCUUAUGUACUUCCUCAGGGGCAGCCUACCAUGGCAGGGGCUGAAAGCAGGCACGAAAAAGCAGAAGUAUGACAAAAUUAGUGAGAAAAAGAUGCUUACUCCCGUGGAGGUACUCUGCAAAUCGUACCCAACAGAAUUUAUCUCUUACUUUCACUACUGCCGUUCGUUGCGGUUUGAAGACAAGCCAGAUUAUUCUUACCUAAAAAGACUGUUCCGUGAUCUCUUUAUUCGGGAAGGAUAUCAAUUUGAUUAUGUAUUUGACUGGACCAUUUUGAAAUACCCCCAGAUAGGCUCCAACCCACGGACGAGGGCAAGUGAAAGAACUAGCGGAGCUGCUGGACCUUCUAUCGAUAAGAUAGAGAAAGCCCCAGGCGAAGCAUCUGGUAGAAGGAAUCCUACCGGUUCUUUGAACCAGAGUGACAAUUAUGCACAGCGACCACGAGAGACCUUAUCAAUGUCAUUGAAGGAAAUUAUGCAUAGCACAGAUCGGUCUGGGGAAAGGACUGUGGAGAGACCUCGUACAUCCUCCCAUACAGGCAGUGCAUCACGGAGAGCUACCGCAUCAAGCAGCAGGCCGGCCUUAUCUGCAGAACCAAGUGAGCAGCAGUAUAACCGGACAAGCAGGUUGUUCUCUAGCAACAGUGGCAGUCGUCCAUCUAGCACCCAGAGAGUUAAUCCAUCAGCGGGCGAGUCAAGGGCCACUUCCCUUUCACGGGCAGCGGUUGCGAGAGGUUCCCGUGAUGAGCCCCUCCACCGCAGCCUGGAGCUUCUGUCUCUUGGUGGCGGCGGUAAAAGGAAAUAAGGGGCAGAAGGCGGCAUGCGAGAGCGAAAGGGAAGAACGCUGUUUGCAACUCUGUAAAUGACAGGAUAUCACCUAUUUGUCAACAGUUCCCCUGGAGCAUCCCUUAUUUCAUAGUGCUCUGCUCCGGCCUGUUGUAUCAUUGCUUCAUAGAUAGCAAUAAUUUGUUGUUAAUGUGUGUGGUGCUGUUGCGUUAGGGCCAAGUCCUAGCUUUGUGAUGAUUAAUUUAGGGGUGGUCAAGAUUCACUUAUUUAUGUUUCUUCACCCUUUUUUGCUGGACUUGGCAACUUUUCCUCCCGAGACAAGUGCUCGUGCAUUUCUUGUUGAACUCUGAAUUUGCUUAUUCAACACAAGUUGAUAAAGGGGGACUUCCUGUAUAAA